UGCUGGAUUGCAUGACCGGAAAAUGAUUUUUGCAUUCACCCCGAAUAGUCCAUUUAUAUGCAAAUGUGACCGACUUUGACCUUGGGUGAGAUAAGCAGAUAGUACACCCUUAAUUUUAGGAAAGACGAAAGAAAAGGUAGAUUUAGGUAGCAAAUAAAAGAAAAUGGAUAAAACGGGAAUAUAUGUAGUCUCACACAAACCUCUAGAUGAAUCUGGAUCAGGUGUGGAUAAUCCGACAUUCGACGCCAUAGAUGAUAAACACCAAGAGGUUCAUUUCAAUAAAGAGACCCCCCAUUACCAUUCUGAUAAACCCUAUCGAGGCAUGGGCAAGGACGAACUACUUACACACUCUUCAAAAGGAAUCUGGAAAACGUUAAGAUAUAUUGGCAUGAUUAUUGUCUUUCUGGUGUGGUUUGGUUUGAUAAUAACAGUUAUCGCCCUUGUUUUGGUCUACCCUCGAUGUCGCGAACCGGCAAAUCAGGUAUGGUGGCAAAAGAAGACCGCGUAUCGAGUUUAUGUUCGAAGCUUCAAGGACAGCGGUAGUGAUGGAAUUGGAGACUUAAAUGGUAUAUUCAACAGUCUGAACUAUUUGAAGAGCCUGGGAGUUGGUAUUUUAUCUCUCAGUCCUAUCUAUCAACAAGCUAACAAGAAUUCUGAUUAUCAUAUUAUCAACCACAAAGAAAUAAAUCCUGAAUAUGGAACUAUGGAUGACUUUAAAGCGUUGGUUAAUGCUACACACGAACGAGGUAUGUAUUUGAUAAUGGAUUUUAUACCUGGAUUUACGAGUAUAGAACACCCGUGGUUUGAUGCCAGUAAGGACUCGUCUAGAAACAACAGUAAGAGGAAUUUCUAUUUGUGGGCUGAUGGAGCUGCACCAGGUUUACCUCCUUCAAACUGGAAAUCUAUAUACGACGGUUCAGCAUGGACGUUUGAUAACACGACGAACAAGUACUAUCUUCACCAGAGAGAAGUUGAUCAACCAGAUCUAAAUCUGAGAUCCAAUGAAGUCAAAGAAGAGAUGGAGCGAAUAUUAAAGUUUUGGCUGGAUUUAGGAGUUGAUGGGUUUUAUGUUAGAGAGAGUGCUAUGUUGAUUGAAGACUAUGAUUUGAGAGAUGAACAUCCUUCAAAUACAUCUACUACCACAGAUCCGGAUGCUUAUGACUACUACGAUCAUAAAUACACUUAUGGCAGACCGGAGAAUUUCGACUAUUUAUCAAGAUGGCGUUAUGUUUUGAAUAUGCAUGGUAAUGCAACCGGGAGAGAAAUGCUACUAUUUGCUGAUGUUAUGGGAGAUUUGAACAUGAAUAUGGCUUAUUAUGGGAUGAAUAAUCGAGAUGGUGUUAAUUUCCCCCUCAACAGACCUUUCCAACAAGUCACUAAAUCAUCGGAUGCUAAGUCUAUCUAUACACUACUGAGGAAUUGGCUAGAUUCCCUUCCGGCUGGCCGAUGGAGUAAUUGGUUGGGAGGUGAUGAGAAUGUUCCAAGAUUUUCUAAAAGCAGAGCAGAAUUAAAUCGCCCAUUAUUGUUCCUUACAAUGCUCUUACCAGGGACGCCAAUGGUUUAUUAUGGUGACGAGAUCGGCAUGGUAGAUUCAAGGAAUCUGUCUAGCAACGCUUGGUCGCGGGAUCAACCCAUGCGGGCCCCCAUGCAGUGGGAUAACUCUAGCAAUGCUGGAUUUUGUAACCAGAGUUGCAUACCUUGGUUGCCUGUUAAUUCUGGAUAUGAGAACAAUACCGUUCAGGCACUAGCACUGGAUGGUAAAUCAAUAUUUAACCUGUUUAAAAAUCUAACAACCUUACGAGAGAAAGCAUCAUUCCAAUUUGGCUAUCACCAACUUCUCCCUCAAGGCGAUGGCAUCAUAGCCUUUGUUCGAUAUUUUGACGGCAAAACGGGGUAUAUAGUUGCUGUAAAUGUUGCUAAUAAAACAGCAUCUUACGAUUUCUCUGGAACUCAUGAAUCACUUCCAGAAUUAGUGUCCGUUGUCUUGACAACAAACACCGCGGGGACGUAUUCUGUUGGCGACGAGCUUUCUCCUUCCGGUAUAACACUUUUGCCAUAUGAAGGUAUUGUUGGUAGCUGGAAAUACGUUGCUAAAGAAUUGUAGAUCUAAAUUCCACUAUAGAAAUCUUUAAUUUCAAAUUGUCCUCACUUCGCCUGGAAGGUAUUGGUCUGAACAAAAUACCAUGAAAGGUCUACAACGUUAAACACCAUACGGAGAUCUGGUUUUAGGCUGAUCUGGACUAAUUUAUAAUUAGCUCUUCAACAUUACACCAUUUUUUUACCUUGAUUUAUACGAAAUCCCUGUCUAUACUUUUGUACUUUUAUAUUUAGGUAAUAUAAUAUAUAUUUUUAUGAUAAAGGGGUCGGAGUAGCCACAGAAAAAUGAGUGGAAAACUGUUUUUUUAAAUUUCAAAAUUUCCAGCUCCUUGAUUAAGGUUUUGGGUUUUGGUUAGAAUAUGUUUUUGAAUAUUUCAAAUGCCCAGUAAUGCAAUUAUUAUUAUGUGUUCCACAAAUAUAUAAAGGUAUUUUGUCCUAUAGAACAUACAUCUUGGAAAUUAAAUCAGAUAUUUUGUAUGAGGUUGGUUAUUUGAUAAAUAUAAUAUUUUAAGAUGUACAAUGUCCAAACAUUUUCUCAAAUAUUUCCCUGUAUACGUUCGGAUUAUUGAAAAUGGAGGUAGCCUCCCUUGGAAGUGUUAGACGGCACUAAGAGCUAUAAAGAUCAUGUAAGGCCACACCAAAUUGAAUGUCUGUUAUUCAGGAAUACUACUAUUGAAAAUUUGGCCCCCAAUUUAUCCAGGAAAAGAAGUAAUUUAAACACAGAAGGUACUUAGUUGCUCUUCUCAAAACGUUUCGGUUCCAAAUAUUCAUGUUUUCAAACAUUAACAAAAUAUUGCACACAAGAUUUGGGUGGAUUAUUUCUUCUUUCGAAGAACUAAAGAAUAAAAUUAGGUGUGGCCUGAAUGGUUUAAAUCUUGUCCGGCGGUAUCGAUUUGUAAGAAUAUUUACUCAAAUAAUAGAUUUAUUAUUCUUUUAAAAUACGUAAAGCAAUAUUUGAGGUAGAAAUAUGCUUAAGAUUGAAAUAUACCUACCUUGUCUAUGGCUACUCCCAUAUAUACUACUAAUAAAAAGCCCAAAAUGAAAUGGAAAUGAAAUCUAAAGUUUUUAUUAAUAAAAACCAAUGAAAUAUUU